UGGAAGUAUGAGAGUGUAACAGAGGAGAAGUGAAGGAAAAGGACCCGACUUGAGACUGCUCGUACGCGACGUUUAAAUAUCGACUUUUUAAUUUCGUGGUGGAGGCUGUCACCUUUAAUUUCAUGUGUUGGAACCUAGGCAUCGCGGAUUGUUGCAAUGUUCGAUGGCUUUUAUUUUUUUAAGGAUGGGUAGACGAGCUAGCGCGCUAGCCGUUGAAGCUAGUGGCUAGACGGAGCGCGAGCUGAGCGCGAGCGGGGCUUUGACAACCCUUCUUGAAGUGGAAGCGCACGGAGAGGACCCUCUCUCCGUCUUUCCGUUCAAUCACGGCGGCUACGGUGCGAACAGAGACUUGUCGUGCACUAGAAAUUCUGCAGUUCGAAACGUGGGACGUCGCUUAUCUUUUCACCCGGGGCUCGUCUGAGCUUAAGAGGGCAUUUUGGAAGCCAGGCCUGUGGUGGUUUGGAGCGAGGCCCUUGAUGAGAGAUCCACAGCAGACUCCUUUCUAGCUAGCAGGGGGACUGCGAAACGAGCAGAGCGUUAAGUUGGCCGAUCGUCCGAAAGCAACAAUACUCUCACUCACACUAAAAACCUUAAAGACUCCUGUCACAGCCAUGGCUGCGAUCAUAAAGGAAUUUGUCAGUCGAAACAAAUAUAGAUACCAGGAAGAUGGAUUCGACUUGGACUUGACCUAUAUUUAUCCUAAUAUUAUAGCAAUGGGCUUUCCUGCUGAAAGACUUGAGGGUGUCUACAGAAACAACAUAGAUGAUGUGGUGCGAUUCCUGGAUUCAAAGCAUAAAAAUCAUUACAAGAUAUAUAAUCUAUGUGCGGAAAGACAUUAUGAUACUGCCAAAUUUAACUGCAGAGUUGCACAGUAUCCGUUUGAGGAUCACAAUCCUCCUCAGCUAGAACUUAUUAAACCUUUCUGUGAAGAUCUGGACAAGUGGCUCAGUGAAAAUGACAAUCAUGUGGCUGCCAUUCACUGCAAAGCUGGAAAGGGACGUACGGGUGUCAUGAUAUGUGCAUACUUGUUACACCGAGGCAGAUUCAAAAAAGCACAAGAGGCUCUGGACUUCUAUGGUGAAGUUAGAACCAGAGACAAGAAGGGAGUGACUAUUCCUAGUCAGAGGAGAUAUGUGUACUACUAUAGCUACCUUCUGAAGAAUGAGCUGGAGUACAAACCAGUGGCCUUGCUGUUUCACAAGAUGGUGUUUGAGACCGUGCCUAUGUUCAGUGGAGGGACCUGCAGGGAUUCUGCUGUAAAAAGCAAGAGUGAGCAGAUUCCGCAUGGGUUCAGAAAAACCAAUUGGCAUUGGGAUCCUCAGUUUGUGGUGUACCAGCUGAAGGUGAAAAUCCACACGUCUAACCCAGCGCACACAAGGCGAGAGGAGAAGUACAUGUACUUUGACUUUCCGCAGCCACUGCCUGUGUGUGGAGACAUCAAGGUGGAGUUCUUCCACAAGCAGAACAAGAUGAUGAAAAAGGAUAAGAUGUUUCACUUCUGGGUGAACACCUUCUUCAUUCCUGGACCAGAGGAGAGCUCUGAGAAGGUUGAAAACGGAGGUUUAGUGAAGGAACUGGACGGGAUCCAAACCACGGAACGGGGAGAGAAUGACAAGGAUUAUCUAAUCCUGACUUUAACCAAGAACAACUUGGAUAAAGCCAAUAAGGAUAAAGCCAACAGAUACUUCUCUCCAAACUUCAAGGUGAAGCUGUACUUUACAAAACCAGUGGAGGAACCAUCCAACUCGGAGGCCAGCACUUCUACAUCUGUAACACCGGAUGUUAGCGAUAACGAACCGGACCAUUACCGGUAUUCGGACACAACAGACUCGGACCCUGAAAAUGAACAGUAUGAUGAAGAACAGAUUACUAAAGUUUGAAAUAUUUUUAUGGGAAGAAAAAAGAAACCAUACGUAAUAGAGUUGUAUAAAGGAGAAAACUUGAAUAUGAACUGAAAGCAAGUACUUUUUUUCCACUCUUUUUUUUUUUUUUUUUUUUUUUUGUUCUUUUUUUUUUUUUUCCCUAACCCCCUCCCCACCCCCAAUUAGGACACACGUCAUAUGAAUGCCACCAGUUGUAGGGACAAAAAUGCUGACCAAUUUUUCUUUUGUUCAUACAUCCUGUUCCAUGAAGUAUCAACACCGAUGUUCCGUGGAAAACAGCGUCAGUAGCUAUUAUGUAAAUAUAUGUUCGUGACGUAACACGAGAAAGGAAACCCAGUCAGAAUGGGAGAUCGUUUGUGGGAGAGAUCAAGUGGAGUUUGAAAUCCGCUGUUCCAUCAACCUGUUAAACUUAGGCCAGUGCUUUAAUCAACAUUCAUGCCCCCAUCUCUGUCCUUCUCUAGUCUGUCCUACCUACUGUGAAACGCUUCUCAUGCUGCUGGAAGGCCGCCACGUGUCAGUCGGGCUCUGCUGUGCAGUGGAAACUGCGUCUCUUGCCAUUUUUUUUUUUUUUUUUUUCUUGUCUGCUUUCAUCAUUAUUACUACUAGAAUGAAAGUGGUAAUGAAUCUACUAAACUAAACUACAUGACACCUUGGCAGAAAACACAACAUAUAGCUCCACCAUGUAUUAUUAUUAUUAUUAUUAUUAUUAUUUUAAAGCAAAUAUUCAUAAAACACAACAGGGAAACCAGCGUUGCAAUAAUGUUGAUCGAAGGUGUGCAUGUUAUUGAAAUCAGUUUCCAUGUUGUUAAAUAAAUAGUAUACAAUGGUUUUUCUAAAAAAAAAAAAAAAAAAAAGUUUCUAAAGUCAUUUACAAUCGUAUUUGGGAAGAAGAAAUUGCCAUCACUCUUUCUUCUGCAGAUGGGAUGUUAAUCAGACAUACAGUGCUACUUAAUUUACAUAAUUUACAAGUUUCCUUUUCAAAAUUGGCACUCGUUUAAUUUGGCUCUCAUCGAUGGUUUGUUUUCUGGUUCACUUUUUAAAGGGUCAUGCUUUGAGCUCAAUGUAGCGUCACUCCUAAAAUUCCUCUUCAUUACGUUGUGGGAUACGGAUCAAGCUUGCUUUGAGGGCUCUGUGGCCGUGGGUUUGAUGGUGUACAGCAUCUCGUGUAAUGCAUGUCAACAUGGAGAAGCCCUUUUCUGAAUGUAUCAACCUUGGAUGCAAGUUUUGAGUAGAUUUCAACAGCGUUUACAUUUUAUUUUUUUCUUUCUUCCUGGCUGUGUCAGACAUCAGAUUUUUGGCUCCCUAUAACAUGUUUGUAGCCUUAUCGUGCAUGAUCUAAUGAAAUCUGGAUCAUUUAUCCAGCAAUGGUGCUUGCUAAACUAAACUCUCAAUGUAUAGUACAGUCAUUUUGGAGCAAAGAACCUCAUGGUGCAAGCAUUAAAACACUGAGGUGCGUUGUUAGUUUCUAACAAUUUGAUGUCCCUCACUAGCUAGUCCUCCUUUUUUUUUUUUUUUUUUUUUUUUUUCUUAUUCUUGAACAGGCCUCAUUCCCUUUGGAAUGAGCAUAGUGCAGCUACGGAUUUUACAGUCUUGUGCUUGCUUCAGAAAUAUUAAAGCCCUAUAUAUGAGAAUAUUUAAAUGUAUAAUUUUCUUUUAAGCAUGCCAAAUCUUUUUUUAACAUCUGGCUGAUGUGGCCAGACCAAAAAAAAAACAAAAAAAAACAAACAAAAAAAAACCCCUCUCUCAGUCUCUUGGGCAAGAAUCUUCACUAAGGGUAGUGAGUAAGCUGCCUUUCUCGUACUGUUAACGUUCAGGCUUCACUCUUCUCACCAGCCCACUGCACACCGUACAUCUCGCCUUCCUUUAGAGAAAGAAUACGUUUCCCUGAUAUGAGGAGGAGACUGGGCCUUCCUUUAUGAGAUUGUACACUAACCAAUCCAGGAAUAAAAGCAAGCCUAUCAAGGAUUCUCAUUUUGUUUACAUUUUAUCACAUCACUGAAAACCUGCCAAAAUUAAGCUUAAUCAUUUCUGUGUUAGAUAUUUUUUUUUGGUUUUGUUUUUUUGUGCUCAGAGGAGGAGGCAGGGCCCACAGGAGGUAUUCUUUGCCUUACUUGAAGUUGACAAUGCUUACUCUUCUACUGCUUUGAUACCUACCAUUCUGCCCAAGCACUGACUUAUUUAAAGCUACUAUAAUAGAGCAACAUAUUGUACUAGACAUUUGCACUGUUACAGGUCUUUGCAGGGUUUCAGUCAGCGGUCCACAGUAUUUUUUUUUAAUUUUUAUUUUUGUUUUUUUUCUGGAAAUGCUUUACAGCAAUCAAAAAUAGAGUAGAGGUGAAAUGAAAAUACGUUAAUAUUGUCUCUGUGCAUCCCAAUAGAAUCAAAUGUUUUUAUUGACUGAAUUUUUUUUUUUUUUUUUUUAAGAAAGCAUAAAAUAGAAAAAAAAAAAAAAAAUGAAUAAAGCGACUAUUUAUGAAAGUAUUCGUUCACAUUCUGGCAAUGACCCUCUACAGGUAUUUCCCAUAGUCCCUCUAAAUGUACGCUGAUGUGUUUUUAAAUGUUUAGCAGUUUAAUGUGUAUCUCUACUGGAGAGUAUCACAUGAUGAACUUGAAUUUAAAAGGAUAGUUCACCCAGAUGUUGUCGUCAUUUACUCACCCUCGUGUCUUUCCAAACCCGCAUGAACAAAAGAUAUUUUGAAGAAUGUUUCAGCUGUUUGUAUCGGUUGGGUUCCACCAUUAAUAAUAAUGAAGAAAUGGAGUAUAUAUGACAAGGAAAUACUAUUUCAGUCUUUAUACUUUGAUUUUAAGUUUACUUGUUUAAUUAUACUUUAGUUAUGUGCCAUUUUGUAGUAGUUAUGAUUAUAUAUAUGAACUAGGGUGAGUAAAUGAUGAAUGUUUGUGUCUAGGUGAAAUAUCCUUUUAAACCUCGGAUCGUCUCUGCAACGAGACACAUCCCUUGACAUUUUGACAAUUUAGCCACAGUACCUUUAUACGCAGACCCUCAGACGUGGCACGGGUGUGUGGAGCUCACAGGCAGCAUGAAAAAUUAAUUUUCAGCUUUAAUGAAAAACGAAAUGUCUUCAAAGGUGCCAGUGUGUUUCACGUCACUCUUUCUUAGCUGAUUUGUGCAAUAUGUUGUUAUGAUGCCUGUGGUUGCCACAAAGUGCCUCUCGUUUACAGUUAAAGAAAACGUACUUGCUUUAAAAACUGUCGUAGGACGUCGUGUCAUGCAUGCGGGCGGUUGGAAGGAUAGAUAGGGUGGUACUGUGCACUAAAUCGUCCGGCUAGACUUGCAGCAGGGGGCCCUUUGGACUUCGGCCAUGCUCCAUUAGAAAUCAUUCUUCUCCACAGAGGGUUUUUACGUUCACGUAAUGUAAACGUAUUUUCAGUCUCUUAAGAAAACAGCCUUACUCCGUUUCAGCCUGUUCAGAUACUAUUGUGCUGUGCAACAGUUGCUCUGUGUGUAAUGCCUAUGCACUGAGAAUACACAAACCAACCAUGUAUGAAAUAUUGUACAGGUAAUCAUGUUGCUCAUACAAAUCACAUGUUUGUUUGUAAUUGUACGUGUAAACUGCCCUUUAUCUUAGUGUUAUAAACUCCACAUAAAUCCAAUAAAGUCUCAUUCUUGUCA